UGGAAUUAUUCACAUUUCGUGGAGCGCAUUUUUCAUAAACACCACACAUUUUCUACAUAAAAGUUAUUUAUUUAAACGAAAAUCAAACGACCCAGUUGCAGCUACAUUGCUAAGGCUUCAACAUGAAUUAUGGCCGCAAAACACCGUCCACGUAUCGCUCCAACCAUUCGGUGUACUCCCACACUACUGGCAGAUCCUCGACAAAUUUACAUUCGAUAAAAUCGCGGUCCAUGCGCUCGGUGCGCGUGCCAUGGUAUCAGCGCCCUAUUUUGAAAAACAACCAAUACAUAGAUAUACAGAAGAAUUCAAUGCUAAUUGGAAUAUUCGCCAUUUUUCUUGCACUUUUCACCAUUGGCACUGCAAUUUUCGAUAUCUACUGCCUAGCUAUGGCUGCACCUGGCUCAACUCACUAUGGUUACUAUAUAAUCUCGUAUGAAUUUGUUUAUGUCGGUAACAAACAUGUGCGCAACAUGCUUAUUGUGUUUGCCUUAUUUUCUCUAAUACUGGGAAUAGUUAUAUUAUUUACAAGUAUUUUGCUUGUAAUUGCACUUAGAAAGGAGUACGAGCGCAAAAUUCUGCCUUGGUUAAACACAUUUGCUGUGUUUACCAUUUGGCGCUCAUUAGCUUUGAUAUUCUUCGCAAUAGUUAACGAUUUGAUUUUCGCUUACAAUAUUCUUAUGGUAUUGCUAUGGAGUAUCGCUUUAGUCGUUUGCAUCUAUGGCUGGUGCGUGGUGUACUCAUUAUUCCUCGAGUUGACCAACUUGACGAAAUUGGAGGAUUUGGCACAUUUACGCAUGGGCACGAUGGCUUCCUUGCAUGCAUCAGCUGCGAACUCAUUAGCUGGUUCUCGUCCAACUACACCGCACAGCACCGUAUCUACUAUGCCUGUGGGUUAAAAUACACUUAACAAAGCAAUUAGCAACGAAAAUAUUUUUUCUACUUUUCCGCAACGCAUCAUGACUAUAUCAGUGCAAAUGUAUACCGUCCAAAAUUCUUAGAUUUACAUAUAAAUAUAUAUUUUUUACACAACAUGUUAGACACGAAUCUCAACAUUCCACAUGUAUUCAUUUUUUUAAAUAUAUACCUAUAUACUUAAAAUAUAAGCUAGAAGCUCGAAAUAUAAUAGCAUAAGUGUAUUAAGAACAUGUAAUUUAAAAACAGUGCCUUAGAACUUCUACAUAUCUGUUAUGUACAAUUUAUACAAGAAAAUCAUUUUUUUACAAUUGAAAAAUCAUAAUUUGUAUGCAGUAAUGUUAAACUUUAAUUGUUAAACAAUUAUUCUUAAAAUUAAUAAGCAUAAAAACAUCAUUCCACAGAUUUGUAUAGCUGACAAAAGUAUUUAUGAAAUUUAAGCACAUUUAACCGUCCAAUUCACAUUUUAUUGUGUCGAUUUUUUUUUAAAUAAAUUUGUAAAAUUUAAUAAAAACUCAGUUUUCAUAUAUUAUACAUUAUAUUAAUUGAACUACAAUAAUAUCCGGGGUAUUCGACAAAUUGCAAUUUGCAAUAAUAAGAGCAUCUUUAAAUCAGGGAAUUAUAUUAAAAUAUUUGUAAACAAUGACAAAAGUGAUUGUCAAUAUCAGCUGAUAAGCUGGCAUACACUUCUAAAUAAAUAUAAAAUAAAAUUACAUAUUUCAAGGAAUACUAACAAAAAUUGCGGACACCUUAAAAAACACAAAUUAUUACGGGAUCGUUACAAACCUCAGAUUUUAAUAAAAGAACUUUAUAUAGAAGCUGUAGCCUCCAGUUCAACUGUGUUAUUUCAAGAAUAAAAAAGGAGCUGACAAAAAAACAAAAAGGAAGAAGUUGUUCUAAGACAACGCGUCCAUGACAAUCGCAUUCAUAUAACUAGAGUAGAAAGAACGCUAAUGUUCCCUCCGCAAAAUACUAUAGAAUUACUAAACGAACAAGGAAAACGUUAAUUUCGUUUGCAUCCUUCGCGACAAUUUGCAUACAAGAAUUCGAUUUUCAUCGGUUUGUUCGGAGAUUGUACUGUAUUUUUUUACAUUAAUCCAUGCCGCAUUUUGUGAAGAAACCUCGUCAAAUAAACCCGUUUUCCAUGGCCCUAUUUUGAUAAAUUAGUUUGAACGACAACUAAAUCUAAAUGCUAGAGGUCAAAUAAGCGGCUUUAGAUGAGAAAAUAUCGUGUGAAAAUAUCCAGAUCGACAUCUCAAACUGAGGUCGGACUGACUUGGCUAAAUCGACUCAGCUCGUACGGUUAAUCCUAUACAUAUAUAAAAAUGUUAUAGUCUCCUGCGUUUCCUUCUAAGUUUUACAAACAUCGUAGUUAACGUAAUAUAUUCUAAAAUUUCUGUCAAAACUUCAAUAAACAAUCAAGACUCACCAAUAAUUAGCAAAAUAAACGUUAAUCCAACACAGAAAUAACACUUUUAACGGUACUUGAUUUUUUAUUAGAAUUUAAUAUGGUUUUACACUAAACUUACGCGAAAUAUAAACAAAUUGUACGAAUUGCUGUGGACUAUAACAAGUAUUUAUGGAAUUGUGUACUUUUUCAUAAGUAAAUUAAAGAAAAUAAAUUCUUACAUUAAAUUAAA